GCAUUCAAAACUCGAGAAAGACGAGGGAUACAGGGGAGGGGGAGGCGUCGUGGGUGGUCUGCCUGCCGACCCGGGAACGCGACGCGUGUGUGGUCCGCGCUGUUCCGUGCGCUUCGUGAGUGCGUCUGUCGUCUCGAUUGUGGUAGAAGAUGCGAAACGCUCCGCCUGAACGAGACGCAGACCUUGCCUCCUGGUUGACCGAGAUCAUCCGUGGCAACGAUUCGUGAUCGCGACCGCGCGAAAGGUACGCAUCUCCGGCUCUAAAUGUCCCAUUGUUUACUUGUGGUGCAUUUAUUUCCCACGUGACUUCUUUCGGGAUUAAUCAAUUAUCAAGCGUCAGUCAAGCGUCGGUCGAGCGUCUUGGAAAAGGAAAAGCUCAUAUACACGUGAGAAAGAAAACAAAAAUAUGAUAUUCUUGCUGGUCUUUUUGUGCUUGUUUCGCGGUUUGUCCUCGGAAUUGGAGCAUGGAUUUACAGCAAACGAUAAUGAAAAUAAUACAUGGAAAGGCAUGGAUUUGGGCCGGCAUAUAAUCAAAGAUUCUAAUUAUCUGCUAGAUAGAUAUCCCAUAGGCGAGUUGUCACCGGAUAUAUCGACCUGCCGCAGACCUGCCAAAUGCAUUCCAUUAUCCAAAAGCACCUGUAUGGGCACGAAAUUGCCUUAUACCUCUACCACAUUGGAUCUUAUAUCAGAGCGUGUAACUCAAGAUAUUAUUGAGGUAGAUGAAUUUACUAUUGCUCCUCUCACACCAAAAUGUUGGGCAGUCGUUCUACCAUUUUUGUGCUCAAUAUUCAUGCCGAAGUGUAUUAACGACACAGUCGAAUUACCAUCUCAAGAGAUGUGUAAGAUGGUAUCAGGACCUUGUAGGAUGCUGAUGAAUCAUACAAUAUGGCCGAGUUUUGCAAAGUGUGAUAAUACAAAAUUGUUCCCACGACUAUGUCAGAAUGAUGUUAGGGAAUUAAAAUUUAACAUCUCGGGCAAAUGUUUAAAGCCGCUGAUACCGACUGACAAUGCCCUUUCGAUUUUCGAUGGCGUGGAAGGUUGUGGCACACAGUGUUAUGAUCCAUUAUAUACGCCUGACGAACAUAAUCAAAUACAUUCGUUUAUUGUGUGGGCUGCAGGUAUCUGCUGCACCUUUAAUUUAUUCACCAUUAUAACAUUCUUGAUAGAUUGGAGAAGUGCAAAUAAAUAUCCAGCAUUAGUGAUAUUUUACAUAAAUGGUUGUUAUAUGGUAUCUUGUAUUGGAUGGCUGAUUCAAUUCACUCCCGGUAGCAGGGACGUGAUUAUAUGCCGCAAAGAUGGAACUUUAAGAAUGAGAGAACCAAGCGGAGAGAAUCUGUCUUGCGUCGUUGUCUUUGUCCUUGUAUAUUACUCUCUUAUGGCAGCUAUGGUAUGGUUCGUCAUAUUGACAUAUGCUUGGCAUAUGAGUUUUCGAGCACUUGGCACAAUACAAGAUCGGAUAGACAAAAAGAGCGCUUACUUUCAUCUGAUCGCUUGGUGCAUACCACUCGUUUUGACGGUGGCGAUCAUGGCUCUAGGCCGAAUUGAUGGCAACAGCAUGACGGGGAUAUGCUUCGUGGGUUAUGCUGAUCACGCGGCGAAAGCUUUUGUACUAGGUCCCGUAUUACUUGCUGUUCUAAUAGGAGGAUAUUUUCUAUGCAGAGGACUGUAUACCCUUAUUCGCCUAAAAAUAAGCAGUCAAGAGAUUAUAUCGGAAAGAGCAAGUUCAAAGAUAAAACAGACCAUUGUCAGAAUGGGACUUUUUUCUAUAGCCGCUCUCGCAGCGGUUAUUGUAACAUUUUACUGCCAUAUUUACGAAAUACAAAACUCAUGGCAAUGGCGACAAAGUUUCAGAAGUUACAUGAUAUGCGCAAUUGCAACCAAGUACACGGAUGUAUCUGAAUGUAAAAUGGACGUGAGACCUAGUACAGGUAAAUUGCAAUUGCAUUUGCUCGCGUUAUUCUCUACUGGCAUACUCAUGUCUUCGUGGAUUUGGACUAGUUCGACUGUCGAUACGUGGUGCAGAUUUCUGAGGAGAAUCUUCAAUCGCGAGACAGAGGAGCCUCCUAUAAGACUGAGCAAGCACAGGCUUAUCGCACACUUAUUUGCAAAUCGGAAAACAUUUAAUAAGGCCGGACGCUUGUCCAUAAGUUUCCACAACACCCACGCGGAUCCGGUUGGACUGAAUUUCGAUCUCAAUUCCGCGGCGUCGCAGGAUUUCAGUACCACUUGGGCGGCCGCCUUGCCUAAAUUAGUGACGCGGAGAGGUGCCCUAGUUGGCGGCACUACAGGAUCCGUGUCUAGUAAUAGACGAAAUUCCGUGGAUUCUGAAAUUAGUUUUCGGUACGUAUCUAUGGAAUCUAGACGGAACUCUCUGGAUUCACAGAUAUCCGUGCAGAUCGCGCAGGUGAAGACAACACGAAAGGUUGCAAGUCGAUCACGUGGUCGUCGCGGAAAAAGCAGAAGAGACUUUGGGAAAUCACGAUCAGCCAAAAUCGAUCCACUCUCUAGGAGAGGCAGCACCACUUCUCAAGACAGUCAACUGAUGACUCAAGUUCCGAUACAAAUGCCCAAUAUGGGUAGGAGACUGGGAAAUGCCGGAUUAGACGAGCGAGCUUUGAAAAUUAUUGACACUAAAAACACCGGCAUGUUAUUACCCUUUUUGUUAAGAGGACAGAGCGGCAGCGAUGAGAAUUUAAGCAGCGAGGAGAAGGGACAUCAAGAUAUGGUUGAUAAGGACGUUGAUGUAGAGACAGGCAAUAUGGAAAAGGAAGAUGAACAAGAUAGUGAUAGCGAAGACAGUCAGUCGGAGGAUGAAGUGAAGAUGUUAAAUGCAGAGAAUUCGCACGAGCGUAGUAAAAAUAAGGAACGUAGCAAUAAGAAUUGUAAAACUUAUGACAAUGAUAGAAGAAGUCGGGAGAGCAGUCACAGAGGCAAGUAUGUUCUACAAGAUGGAACCAUUCUGAAGCAUUUACUUCAGGAAGCUAAUGAUAAAGAAAAAAUGAUUAAGAUGAAGAAUGAAAAUGAGAAGAAGGAGGUGUACAGAAAAGCUGUGAUGAGCGAUUUGGAUUCUAGUCUCACCUCAUGUUAUCCAGAGUUAACGAGAUUACUGCAAGUUGACGGGCAAACUAAUGCCAGAGAAAUGGCGACGCAGACUUCGCUCCCGCUCGAUAUAUUGGAAAUGGAAGAGUUAAAACAGAGUAUCGACGAGAUAAUUAACAGCAGACAUUGUAGCUCUAAGGGGACUCAAAUAUCGCCGCAAUUGAAAAAAAGUAAAAUAUCGCGAUAUAAGACUGAGGAU